UGUGAAAGAAGUUGUUCUGCAUGGCAAUUGAACCACACUGUGUUUUGCGCUGAUGCAUGCCAAGAAGAGGAUUACAAAGAUGGGCAGAUUCAACAGAAUCCAUGUUUAGAGGGAUGCAUUGCGGCCAAAGAUGAUUAUGUACAGAAAAUUAACGAAAGUUUGGGACGAUUAUCCGAGUACCCCAGACUUCUAUAUUAUACACUAAAACCAACUUCACUCACUCUAAAGUGGAAACAUAUUAUUCUUCCGAAUGUAACGUAUUUGUUAGUACGACACUUCCGGUUUAAAUAUGAUUCAAAAUGGCGACAUGAGGAAAAGGAAUUGGAUAUAGAUAUAACCACAUCGGAGAUAAAUGUAACAGAUCUACACCCAUAUGUGGACUAUAAGUUCCAGGUAAGAGUUGUAAUACUUGAUGACGUCAUACUCGACUCGCCAAAAUCACCACUCAUCUCGACUCCAGAACAUGGACGUCCUUCUUCCCCAGUCAUCAUAACAAAACUAGUCUACCCCAGUAGGAUUUCACUUUAUGUCACCUGGUCUCCUCCAUUGUAUAUAAACGGUCCAUUGGACAGAUACACCGUUACCAUAGCAACUGAGGAUAACAACGUCACCAUGGUUACAAAAAAUGUCAGUGCCAAUGUCAGAUCAUUUAGAACAUCAUUAUUGGACUACGUCCCUGGUGUGAUGUAUGGAAUAACUAUCGUUGCCUGGAAUAAGUUUGGCCACUCUCCACCAUUGGUUGCCAUGUUAACCAGGCAAAAGAGACAGAAAGGUGUACCAGAACCAGCUUAUCUGAUCUUCUACGAUGGCAAUAAACUAAUGAGGAAGAACCUCGACGACAUUCUCAAUGUACCAAAGGAGACCAUGGGUGCUGCAAACCACUCGAUAAAAGCUAAAGUGGUGUAUGAGAUGAAUGGACGUAAACUAGAAGAUAUUGCUAUUCAUGUAAAAACCGAGGAUGUUUACAUGGUAACAUCUGAUAACACGGUAGAAAUCAUCUCCAUGGUGACAUUUCAACAUAGCAACCUGUGUACAACAGACUCAACCAUUGUUUCUAUUGAUGUGGACUGGAUAAACCAUCACCUCUACAUAGCUGCAUCAAAUAAGGUUGUGCAAUGUACCUUGAACUGUACGGCAUGUAAGGUUGUAGUUGAACGCACCCAUGGGGGAAUCAGACAGAUCAAAGUGGAUCCUUAUAACGGGUUCUUCUAUUGGCUCCAGUAUCAGAAAUUACACCGAGUAGAUCUUAGUGAACUUCCGGUUAAGAAAGCAACAAUUUGCCCAAGUUUGUCACACAAUUCGGUGACCGAGUUCUACGUCGAUUACACAAACCGACGUGUAGUCUUUGCCAACGAAAAUAAUUAUGCAAUGUCAUUGAAUCACGAUGGGUCAGAGACGUCAUUCCAUGCAAACAUUUACAACGGACUAUCAUCAUUUAGUGACGUGACCAGUAUAUCUAUGUAUAACGACAAACUCAUUUGGACGAAUGGACAGGAGAUGUUUACUGAGCACUAUAUUGCAAAAGAAGACAAAUACGACCACGAUUCCUUCCAUAUAAAAGGGACAUUUGGGGGCAUUAAUGUUAUGCAUAAGUCACAACAGUUGAACCCAGAAAUCACAGUCGCUCGCAAUGUGACGGUCACGCCUACACUUCCAACAGAGUUGAACAUUACAUGGAAAGAACCCAGAGUAAUAAAGGGACCUAUUGAGAAACUAGCGUACAUUGUACAAUGGGUCUCUACAGGGAGAUCAGGUUCAUUAACACAUCAACAAAAGACAAAUUUACACGAAGUAGUGAUUAGGAACUUGGAUCCUGGUCAGCAAUAUAGUUUUAAGGUUAUUGCAAAGUUCAAUAUAUCAGACAGCUUUUCAUCAACCGACAUGGUCAAUGGAACAACAUUUGUGCAACCAUCGCCCAUAAUACUCCUUAAUGCUACGCAGACGACAGUGGAUGUCACGUGGUGGUCUAGUCCCGACAAUAGCAUUAAAAGACAUUCUAUAGAAUACACCGAACUUUCUUCAUCUGGUAAGGCGAUAAAAUGGAUAAGCCAUGAAAACGGAUUAGACAAGAUCAUCUUCACCCAGAACUUUACACAAUACAACACCAGCUUUACAGGUCUGAAAAUGAACACCAAGUACGCAUUCAGAAUAACUGUUGUCUUCAGAUCCGUAGAACAUUACGAUUGGCCAAAAGACACAAGAUACAACUUCUCAACCUUAGCUGAUAGACCAGAAGCCCCUGGUAUUCCUGUAUUUGAGACAUUGCGACCUGGAAUACACGAAGUAAAUUGGACGCCUAGAUAUGAUGGGGGUAGUCCCAUAAUUCAAUAUAUACUGCAGUACAGUGAACUUGGCAAUACAAACAGCAGCUGGAAAACUGUAUACAAUGGACAUGAUCCAAGAUGGGUAGCUAAUGACCUACCAAUGGAUGCUUACUAUACUUUCCGGGUCGCAGCAAAGAAUCUCAUUGGUUGGAGUGAUUUCAGUAACAACAGUUCUGCCAUCUAUACACCAAUGGCGGUACUAGCUGGACAGGAGCUUUCUACCACGCUUCCUUGGCCUGUGGUUGUUAUUGGUAUCACUGUCGCAGUGUUAGUUUUUGUAGCUGCAGGCAUAUAUGCAGUCAUCAGGAGUAAAAGAAAUUCUAAACAAGUGAUGCAUAAAAAAACUGAAUCUACAAACCAUGACAUAGAACUAGCUACUCUUAGAGACCUGUCACAUGUGGGACGAACACAAGCGAAUCCCCUUUAUAUAACAAACAUUAUACCAAAUGAGGAGGAUAUCGCUGCCCUGCCCCACUUUCCGAGACAUCUAUUGUCUCUAACUAAGUUCCUAGGAAGAGGGGCAUUUGGUGAAGUAUAUGAGGGUGUUGCUCAGGAUAUCAAUGGAACAACAGGACUCACCAAUGUAGCAGUUAAGACUCUGAAACCAGGCUCAACUGAAGCAGACAAGGACGAGUUUUUAAAGGAAGCAUUGUUGAUGAGUAACUUUAGACACCAACAUGUUAUUCAUCUAAUGGGGGUAUGUCUCGAUACAGACCCUCAGUAUAUCAUUUUGGAGUUAAUGGGAGGAGGGGAUCUCUUGUUGUUUCUCAGGUCGUCAAGACCUUCACAAAACGGCCCUGGUCUGCAGCUAUGUCACUUAGGACAAAUAUGUAGAGACGUUGCAAAAGGUUGCCAGUACUUGGAGGAAAUGCACUAUGUACACCGGGACAUUGCUGCAAGAAAUUGCUUGGUAUCAAGUGCAGAUGUUAACAACAUGAUCGUGAAGAUUGGGGAUUUUGGCCUGACACGUGACAUUUACAAAAACGACUAUUAUAGGAAGGAAGGAGAGGGUCUGUUGCCUGUAAAGUGGAUGUCACCUGAAUCAAUAAAGGAUGGCGUUUUUACUACGCAGUCAGACGUAUGGGCAUAUGGUGUAUUAAUGUGGGAAGUGAUGACGCUUGGACAACAGCCAUAUCCAGCGUGUACAAAUGUAGAGGUGUUUAACUUUGUCAGAGAAGGAGGUCGUCUAGAUAAACCAGAAUCUUGUCCUGAAGAAUUAUAUAAGUUGAUGACAUCUUGUUGGAAUAGUCACGCUGAUAUGAGGCCUUCCUUCACUCGUAUUUUAGAGAUCUUGAAACAAUACAAAUUGAAGACUGAAUCUCAACAGAAUGGUGCUUACAGAGCAAAUGGGCAGCAUGGUUCCCUGCGCCUAACCCCAACUGGGCGUAAGAAAAGACUUAGUCUUCUGUGUGCAGAAGGAAAAAAGGAACCCGCUGUAAUGGAAGACCUACUGGGGAGAACACAGGAACCAAUUGUGGGAAGACAAAAGCGAGCGGUGUCAUUUGAUGGAAAGUCGUCACAAUCAUACAGAAAAAGUAGCAAAAUUGAUGACACAAAUUAUACAAACAUGUCUGGGAAUUCUGGCUCAACUCCUAAAUAUCUGAAAGUGUUUGACGCCUCAUCACCAAGUGUGUUCCCUUUGAUAAGAAACAGUAAGAAAAAGAAGGCCCAGAAAACCGGAAUUGAUUAUGCUAUUGUGUCUCAUAAUAAGAAUUGCAGGCCCGAAGUGAAGGCGACAACGCCACCAUUUGAAAACCUGGUUAGCGAUAUUCCAACUGCUUUUAACCAGGCUAACAGACACACAACAUCAAUUGAAGAAGACAAUGAUUCCCCCAAUAGACUAACUGAUGCAAGACGGAGUAGUUUUGGAAAAGGACGAAGAAGAUCAAGGGAUAAUAAACGGGCAGUCUUAUACGCCCAGUUGGCCAUGGACGACCCUGAACAGGUGGAAAAUCAAACUCAUAUGAUGGAUCAUAUUCACAAAAGUCACGAGAUAUCCAAGAUGAGCGAUAUGGCAAACAAUAACUAUAACAAUGAAAACAUAAAUGAUGUGAGAAGUGUUGGAAAUGAUAACUACAAAGAGCCUGAUUGGAAAACCAAUGUGAACCCUAUUAGAUGUGAUACGACGUCGCCAAAGCAAAGGCCAACUCUCAGUUGUGAAAUGACGUCGCCAAAACAAAGGCCAAAUCAUUUACAGAAUGUGACCCCUCAGCUUGUAUAACUGUGUAAUUCAAAUAUGUUUAUACUUUAUACAUGUACCAUGAUACAUGCAGCAUGUACAUAAACUGUAUUUUGAUAUAUGACUAUUUCUAUGAUAUAUAAUCAUCUCACACCAAGCGUCAGCUUUCGCACAGGAUUAUGAAAUACUAUGUGGGGUUUUGAGUCUUUCUAGAUUCCGUUGGCCUUGUAUAAUAUUUGAAGUUCGUCACUUGAAAACUGUAAUGCCUGAUUCCGUUCAUUUUGAAAAUAUCUAUUUACAUAACUAAAAUUUACAAUUAAACAGGUCUAAAAUAGAAAUGUACAUUUGUUGUACCUCUGUAUUUCACCUACUAAACCUUACACUUAACAUACUAAGAUUGUAUUCGCGAAUGCAACUAACGACUGCCGGCUAUCGGAUUAACCUACUAUUUUAUUGGAAACUCAUUUAAAUAUGAAUAGUGCCUGCUGAUAUUCCAUUCAUGUUUAAAUGAGUUGGUCAUAAAAUACUAGGCUAAUCCGGUGUCAGUCGUUAGUUGCAUUCGCGAAUA